CUUUUUCCUGCUCUCACCCUGGCCGGGAAAGUCCUCCGCACGGCUUCUGGAGGGUCUCGGGGUUCUUGUAUCCCUCGACUAAGGCGACCCUCUGCAAGCCCAGCUCACCUACAGUCCCCAGGGCCGAGCGGCAUGCGACCAGGACGCGCGGAGAGCGAGCUGCUGCGGCUGCGGCUGCGGCUGGUACUAAUGUUCAGUCAAGGAAUUUUAAAUUGUUGCGUGGCAUACAAUGUUGGUCUUCCAGAAGCAAAAAUAUUUUCUGGUCCUUCAAGUGAACAGUUUGGCUAUGCAGUGCAGCAGUUUAUAAACCCAAAGGGAAACUGGUUACUGGUUGGUUCACCUUGGAGUGGCUUUCCUGAGAACCGAAUGGGAGACGUGUAUAAAUGUCCUGUUGAUCUAUCCACUGCUACAUGUGAAAAACUGAAUUUGCAAACUUCAACCAGCAUUCCAAAUGUUACUGAGAUGAAAACCAACAUGAGCCUUGGCUUGACCCUCACAAGGAACGUGGGAACCGGAGGGUUUCUAACAUGUGGUCCCCUAUGGGCACAGCAGUGUGGAAAUCAGUAUUACACAACCGGCGUUUGCUCUGAGGUCAGUCCUGAUUUUCAGCACUUGGCCAGCUUUUCACCUGCAGUUCAGACCUGCCCUUCCUUCAUAGAUGUGGUGGUUGUAUGUGAUGAAUCAAAUAGUAUUUAUCCGUGGGAUGCAGUAAAGAGUUUUUUGGAAAAAUUUGUACAAGGCCUGGACAUAGGCCCCCAAAAAACACAGGUGGGGUUAAUUCAAUAUGGCAAUAACCCAAGAGUUGUGUUUAACCUGAAUACUUAUAAAACCAAAGCUGAAAUGAUUAAAGCAACAACCCGAACGUACCAACAUGGUGGGGACCUCACAAAUACAUUCAAAGCAAUUCAAUAUGCAAGAGAUUUUGCUUAUUCAGCAGCUGCUGGUGGACGACCACAUGCUACCAAAGUAAUGGUGGUUGUAACUGAUGGUGAAUCACACGAUGGUUCAAUGUUGAAAGCAGUGAUUGAACAGUUAAACAAUGACAAUAUACUGAGGUUUGGCAUAGCAGUUCUUGGAUACUUAAACAGAAACACCCUUGAUACUAAAAAUUUAAUAAAAGAAAUAAAAGCAAUUGCCAGUAUUCCAACAGAAAGAUACUUUUUCAAUGUGUCUGAUGAAGCAGCACUACUAGAAAAGGCUGGGACAUUAGGAGAACAAAUUUUCAGCAUUGAAGGUACUGUCCAAGGAGGAGACAACUUCCAGAUGGAAAUGUCACAAGUGGGAUUCAGCGCAGAUUACUCUCCACAAAAUGAUAUUCUGAUGCUGGGUGCAGUGGGAGCUUAUGCCUGGAGUGGAACUAUUGUCCAGCAGACAUCUCGUGGACAUUUGAUCUUUCCUAAACAAGCCUUCGAUCAAAUUCUGCAAGACAGAAACCACAGUUCAUAUUUAGGUUACUCUGUGGCUGUGAUUUCUACUAGAAAAAACAUCCACUUUGUUGCUGGUGCUCCUCGAGCAAAUUAUACUGGCCAGAUAGUGCUAUACCGUGUUGACGAGAAUGGUAAUGUCACAAUUAUUCAGCCUCACAGGGGUGACCAGAUUGGCUCCUAUUUUGGUAGUGUGCUGUGUUCAGUGGAUGUGGAUAGAGACACCAUUACAGAUGUACUCUUAGUAGGUGCACCAAUGUAUAUGAAUGACCUGAAGAAAGAGGAAGGAAGAGUCUACCUAUUUACUAUCACAAAGGGCAUUUUGAACCAUCACCAAUUUCUUGAAGGCCCUGAAGGCUUUGAAAAUGCUCGCUUUGGCUCAGCAAUUGCAGCUCUUUCAGACAUCAACAUGGAUGGCUUUAAUGAUGUGAUAGUUGGUUCACCUUUAGAGAAUCAGAACUCUGGAGCUGUGUAUAUCUACAAUGGUCAUCAGAGCACCAUUCGCACAAAGUAUUCCCAGAAAAUCUUGGGAUCCGAUAGAGCUUUUAGAAGUCAUCUCCAAUACUUUGGGAGAUCCUUGGAUGGCCAUGGAGAUUUAAAUGGGGAUUCCAUCACUGACGUGUCUAUCGGUGCCUUUGGACAAGUGGUUCAACUCUGGUCACAGAGCAUCGCUGAUGUAUCUGUAGAAGCUUUUUUCACACCAGAAAAAAUCACUUUGCUCAAGAAGAAUGCUGAAAUAAUUCUCAAACUCUGUUUCAGUGCAAAAUUUAGACCUACUAAUCAAAUCAAUCAAGUGGCUAUUACAUAUAACGUCACCCUCGAUGCAGAUCGAUUUUCAUCCAGAGUGACCUCCAGGGGAUUAUUUAAAGAAAAUAAUGAAAGAUUCCUGCAGAGGAAUAUGGUGGUAAAUCAAGCACAGAGUUGCUCUGAGCACAUCAUCCAUGUGCAGGAGCCCUCUGAUGUUGUCAACCCUUUGGAUCUGCGUGUGAACAUCAGCCUGGAGAACCCUGGCACUAGUCCUGCCCUUGAAGCCUAUUCUGAGACAGCCAAGGUCUUCAGGAUUCCUUUCUAUAAAGAUUGUGGUGAUGAUGGACUUUGCAUUUCUGAUCUAGUUCUCAGUGUUCAGCAGCUCCCAGCUGAUCAAAAACAACCCUUUAUUGUCAGCAACCAACACAAAAGGUUAACAUUUUCAGUAACACUAAAAAACAAAAAGGAGAGUGCAUACAACACAAGAAUUGUUGCUGCUUUUUCAGAAAACUUGUUUUUUGCUUCGUCCUCUAUGCCGGUUGAUGGGACAGAAGUCACAUGCCAGGUUGAUUCAUCUCAGAAAUCUGUUACCUGCAAUGUAGGCUACCCUGCUUUAAAAAGGAAACAACAGGUGACUUUUACUGUUAACUUCGACUUCAAUCUUCAAAACCCUCAGAAUCAGGCAUCUGUCAGUUUCCAAGCCCUAAGUGAAAGCCAUGAAGAAAAUCAGGCAGAUAAUUUGGUCACCUUCAAAAUUCCUCUGCUGUAUGAUGCUGACAUUCACUUAACAAGAUCUACCAGCAUAAAUUUUUAUGAAGUUUCUUCAGAUGGUAAAGUUCCUUCCAUCAUACAUGAUUUUGAAGAUAUUGGUCCAAAAUUCACCUUCUCCCUUAAGGUAACAACAGGAGGUGCGCCAGUAAGCAUGGCAUAUGUGACCAUCCACAUCCCUCAAUAUACAAAAGAAAAGAACCCACUGAUGUACCUGACUGGGGUGCAGACAGACCAGGCUGGUGACAUCGGUUGUAAUGCAGAAAUAAAUCCACUGAAAAUAGGACAAGCAUCUUCUUCUGUAUCUUUCAAGAGCGAAAAUUUCCGGCAUAUGAAAGAAUUGAAUUGCAGAACUGCUUCAUGUAGCAGUGUUACCUGCUGGCUGAAAGACCUUCAGGCGAAAGGAGAAUACUUUGUUAAUGUGUCUACCAGAAUCUGGAAUGGGACUUUUGCAGCAUCAACUUUCCAGGCAAUACAGCUGACAGGGUCUGCAGAAAUUGACACCUAUAACCCUCAGAUAUAUGUGAUUGAAGAAAACACCGUCAUGAUUCCUGUUAUAAUAAUGAAGCCUGGUGAGAAAGCUGAAGUACCAACAGGAGUUAUAGUAGGAAGCAUAAUUGCUGGAAUCCUUUUGCUCUUAGCUCUGGUUGCAAUUUUAUGGAAGCUCGGCUUCUUCAAAAGAAAAUAUGAAAAAAUGACCAAGAAUCCUGAUGAGAUUGAUGAGAUGACAGAAAUAAACAGUUGAACCGUCCAACAGUUAAAAGACGGCAAUGCCAACUGUGUGAAACAGCCAGUGAUUGAUAUUUGCAUGAAUGGGUUUUUUUUUUUUUUUUUAAAUCCUAGUGUUUUAUAAUGUAAUAAGUAAAUUAGUCUGCAGGUCAGUUUGGAGUGACGAAAUCUUGGAUGGGGUGGGGGUAGAAAGAGUAAAAGACUUAUUUUAUAUGGGGGGUAUCUUUAAGCUGGCUGGUCCAGAGUUUACAUUUUAAUGUACACUGUGUCCAGAACAUAAAAUCCUUCCAUGCACAAGUCUUAAGGCAAAAUAUUAACACUUUCUCAGAUUUUUUGGAGGGAAAAAUGCUAUUUUUUAAAUAUUGUUUUUAAACAGCAACAACAAAGUGGAAGUACCCAUUAUAGGUACAUAAUUGGCUUGACUAUUGAUGUUGACAAGAGGGGAAAAAGCCACACAGUCUUCAACUUAUGCUGCUCAUCCAAAGUGGCCACAGAGGUUACUUUUAAGUGAUAUUUUCAUUUAUAAACUAGGUAUAAUUUGCCUUUGGUUCCUCUCAGCCCACAGCUGCCUGUUCAGAGUCCCAAUCUUGCUCUGAUAUAAUUGUCAAAACAUGCUUGAAUAACUGAUCAGUGCUUAGAGUAUGCCUCCUGCUGAGGAAAUCUCUAUUUCAGAGGCAAGGUAUGGGGGGUGAGGGGGAUAGUUAGAGACCAAAGCAGAAAACUUAACGGGUUUAUCGAUGGCCCAACCUGUGCCAGAGAAAGGAGAAGGAGAACGUGUCCUUUCUCUUUAGUAUACAUAACUGGCUGGCUGGCUGGCUGGCUGACAAGGGCCUGGUGACUGUUUGAAAGAGGAGUGAUUUCUUUGGCACCCUUCCUCCUCCCUUACUGAACCACGCUUGCACUUCCAGUUGAUUCCAAUCAAUGGCUAUUCCCUGCGUGUCAGAGUAGAACUGUGCUCCGCAGGGUUUUUCAGUGGCUGUUUUUUUGGAAGGUCACAAGACCUUUUUUCCUAGAUGCCUCUGGGUGGGUUUGAGCUGCCAACCUUUCAGUUUGUAGUUCGGCACUUAACCAAUUGCACCACAAAGGGACUUCUCCCCAUCUGCUGUUUUUGUGGGCCAUCCAGUUGAUUCCAACUCUUAGCGGCCCUAUAUGACAGAGGAGAAUUACCCCAUAGGGUUUCUAGGGCUAAAAUCUUUACGGGGGCAUAUCACCAGGUCUUUUCUCCCAUGGAGCCACUGGUGGGUUCGAAAUGCAGACCUUUCGAUUAGCAGCCAAGUUCAUUAACCAUUGCACCACCAGGGCUCCUUGGCCCACCUGCUCCUGUGUUCUAGAAGCCUACUGAAGCCUGCCUUCCUCUUCAGUAGUCCAAAAUUAUCCUCUUCCUUCACCCUUCAUCCAAAACUCCCAUUCCCUCAGGCCAGCUGCUCUCAGCCAGGUAUGAGGAGGAAAAAGUCAGCUGUUUAAUUCACAUACUUCCAUGAACUAUAUAUAAACCUCUUAACUUUAGGGAGCUAUUUUCAUUCAUUGCUAAACAAGUAAAAAAGUAAGCCUGAAUGAAUUCCUAAUUGUUGGAGUUUCAGGCAAUGUAAACCAGGUAAAGUAAAAACCAUCUCUGGAAUUUGCCAGAAGUUGCUGCAAGCCAUUGGGAACCACCAGAAUGGCAGGUACACCCUCCGUGUUUGUCUGUUUCUAGAGUAGUCAAUCUUCCAGAAGAGUGAAUUUCACCUGGGCAAGCUUGUUCGAAAGGUAGAAUCUUAGUCCCCAUACCCUGUGAUUCUUACUUAGUCACGUUGGGGUGAGGUCCAGCUAGCUACAUUUUAAGAAGCACCCCAGGCAUUCUGAUGUAAAGGGCCCAACUUUGAGGGACACCACCAUUUCUUCUGUCUACACCUUCUUUGAUCUAUUUCUGAACUCGCUCACUCUCUCUGAGAGACUGGUGGGAAGAGAGCACAGGUUAGGGCGGUAGGGACUAUUUCAUGUCAGAAACAACACAUUGAAAGCUUUGGACAAAUCACUCAGCCUCUAUAAACUUCAGUAUCCCCACUUAUAAAAUGGGAAUAUUGGAUUGGAGUUCAGCAGUGAUGCUUUUAGCUUUUACAGUCUACGAUCUGGAUUUCUUAUACUACAAACAGACAAUCCUCCAAGAAUUUGACUUUGAGAAGAAGUCAAAGGAAAAUGUAUUGAUUUGCCCAUAUGGGUCCAGCUUUAACUGCCUUUCUAGCCUGGCCCCUGUAUUGGCAGUCCAGUAACUAUCUGGACUGUUUAGUGACUUUGUAUUUGACAACGCAGAAAAAAGAAAAUAUCCAUAAAAUGUUAGACAUUUAUAGCAAAAAUGGAACUGUUCUCUCUCGUUAGGUAUGCCAGAAUCCAAUUCUUAUAGCAGCUGUGUGGCUUACAGACCACUGUUUCAUCCCAACCAAAAUUUUAUUUGAAAAAAAUAAGUGGAGGAGAAACUGGUCAUUAACUUGAUAAAGAAUAUUUAAUAAACCAUGUAACUACUCUAUAUAUUUAUACAUAUUGGUUCUUCAAUGUGAAUUAUAGCAUGCUAUUCCUUUUUUUUUUUUUAUUCCUUUUUACUCUGCCUCAUCUUCCUUUGGUGACACUAAACGGAGAUCACAUACACACACGGCAACCUUUAGAGCCUUGGCAAGCCUUGGCUUAGGUAAUCUGUCUUGAUGGCGUUGUUUUCCAUGAAGUAGCUGGAUUACUAUAAACUCAAAAAUGAACCACUUGUCUCUGUACCAUGUAUCACACUAGGGCAGAGUUUCUCACUUUGGCACUGUUGGCAUUCUGGACAUAUAAUUCCUUCUGGAGGGGAAGGGGCUGUCCUUUGCUUUGCAGGAUACUGAACAGCAUCACUGGCCUCUACCCAGUAGUACCCCUGCAUUUCUCAGUUGUGACAAUCAAAAAUGUUUCCAGACAUUGCCAAAUUCCUCCUGGAGGCAAAAUCACCCUUGGUUGAGGACCACUACACUAGGACAAAGUGGCCUAAAUAGAUGAUUUCUCUUAUCAAAUCACAGGUCUGAGGCAGAGGCUCCAAUGAGGAGUGUUCUUCAGCACGUUUAAGGUAGUCAUCCAAGAAAUGUUAAAUAAAACAAACAAAAAAAAAAGUGUUUAAAAUAAGUUAUAAUGGAAUUCCUAUUCAGAUAUACCUUUGCUUUCAGAGUAGGUAGGCUUAUUAUUUUUUAAUGGGUUUUAGGCUUAAAAGAUGCCAUGUUAAAAUUUCCAUUUCAUAAAUGGUACGUAGACAAGGUCUAUUGAAUAUGAUCGAAACUAGGUUGCUUCAUGCAUGGUUGCUGUAAAAGCUUUGUGAAAUAGCAACGAUGACAAAAGUGCACUAAGAUUUUAAAUUGUUCAUGACUCACUUAGUAACAGAGCUUAAUAACAAAAUGAGAACUCCUAACUGGACAGAAAUCAUUUCUAGUGGCAGUGUUGUUUUUACGAAAUAGUAAAAGUUAUCUAUUAACUGUGAAGUGCAAAGAAACCAAAACCACUUUUUCAUUAUCACACAAGUGACUAUAUUAAAAAUUACUAAGUUUUAGUUGCCCUGGAGUCGAUUCCGACUCAUGGCAACCCCACGUGUCCAGAGUAGAACUGCUCCACAGGGUUUUCAAGGCUGUGACCUUUUGGAAGCAGAUCACCAGGCCUGUCUUCCAAAGCACCUCUGGGUGUGUUCGAACUGCCAGCCUUUCAGUUCAUCAUUGAGCGCUUAACUAUUUGCACCACCCAGGGACUCCUGAUAUACAACUAUAACCCAAUACAUGAAAAUCUCUUCAGUUAAGACAUCGUUAAGACAGGAUUCCUUAAAUUGAACACGCUGGUCCAUUUUUCAUAUUUCAAUUUGCACACAGAAAAUAAUUGUAUACAUAACUGUUUUAAAACUAUGCUCUUCAUGUAUUUUAAAGUAUAUCCAUUUUCAUCAAUUUGAAAGGCUAAUUUAAAUGUUUAGAAAAAGAGGUAAACAUGGAGGUAAAAUUUGAAAUAAAUGAAAAUGCUAACUACUUCUUUGAACUGUAAGGAAUGAAAAUGUAGCCAAUAUGUAAAUAUAAAAAGAUAAUUUCAUAUGUACCUGAUUUAUUUUGACAGGUAGUCAAAAUAUAAAUGUAUAUAUUGCACAACUAAGUUGGAAUUGUAUAUAUGUUAAAGAAGAAAUUGUCUUGGAUAUUUUCCUUCAUACAUAAUGCAUAAAUCUUUGUUAAGAUAGAAAUAUGUUUGCUGGUUUUGAUGAACUCAUUUUUGCCUUUUCAUUCCACCAAAAAUAUAAAAAUGAAUGUAUGCAUGUUUGUACACUGAGUUGCACAAUUCAUGUGAUUUCUGAGAAACAAAAAUCAAAUUGGAGUCGUAAUCAACAUAAAUUAAACUCAUCUCAUAUUAAAGUAUGAGAAUCAAACAGAAAAAUGUUAUUUAAUUAUAAACCACUGUUUUCAUACCA